GACUCACUACCAACAUGACUUACAAGGUUCUAGUGUUGGCAGCUGUGAUGGGUGUCGUCGUGGCACGACCAGAAGCUCCAGGCUACCCACGAGCGGCUUCGUACGGUGCUCCAGCUUAUCCUGACACUCCUCCCCGGUACGACUCCCAGUACGCUGUGAGUGAUGGCUCCGGCAACGACUUCGGUCACCAGGAGUCUCGCAACGAUUACGACACCAAGGGCUCUUAUUACGUCCAGCUUCCCGACGGUCGCCUGCAGAAGGUGACUUACGUCGUCAACGGCGACUCCGGCUACGUGGCCCAAGUUGAAUACCAGGGAGAGGCCCAGUACCCAGCCUACCAGCCCAGUUACAAGCCCGCUCCAGCCUACAAGCCAGCCCCAGCCUAUGCAUAAUCUGAUGUGAUAAUCUAGCUUCUUUGUUGAUAUCCAAUCCUAUGUUUAA